CUCCUUCAUCUAGAAUCACCUGCUAUUGAAGAAGGUUGAUCACCGCCGUGAGUUUUACCUUAAGCCCUCGUGUCCCCGUCCAAUGAAUGCAACAGCUACACAUUCAAAUCUGCCAAUGAGAAUCACCUGAGCCAUUGAAGCAGCUGUUAGCGCCGUGCAAACCAUCUUCGACGUACUUCACGAGUUGCGCAACAAUCGUAAAGCGAGGAGAGGAGCAUCGUAACUUUUGGCGCCAACGGAGCAAGGGACCGGAUACAUUCGCGACUCACGAAAAAUACCAGCAGAAUGCCGCCAAGGAGAGCCGCGAAACGGACGGCCGUGGAUCCCACGAAGGCGGAAAAGCCUCCGAAGCAGAUCAAGCAGAAGCAAGAAAUAACUGUGAAACCUGACUUACGAUCACUUUCGACCAAUGGUGUUAUGCUUGUAUUUGGACAAGGUGACUUUGGACAACUUGGAUUAGGAGAAGAUGUUACAGAAAAGAUGCGUCCAGCAGCUAUAUCUGAGUAUCAAGAUAUUAUAGCUAUAGCAGCUGGUGCUAUGCAUAAUGUAUGUUUGAGAAAGACAGGUGAAGUAUUAACCUUUGGAUGUAAUGAUGAGGGAGCACUUGGACGAGACACCACUAAGGAAGGAUCUGAGACAGUACCAGGCGCAGUUGAAUUACCUGAGAAAGCCAUUCAAGUAACAGCGGGUGAUUCGCAUACGGCUGCAUUGUUAGAAGAUGGUCGAGUGUUUGCAUGGGGCACAUUUAGGGAUACACAUGGUUCUAUGGGACUAACGGCUAGAGGGAAUGAACGAUUCCCUGUAGAAAUAUUACCUAAUGUAAAAGUUGUCAAAAUAGCAUCAGGUAGUGAUCAUUUAGUAUUACUUAGUGAAAAUGGACGUAUAUAUACUUGCGGACGCGCGGAACAAGGACAAUUAGGACGAGUAGCUGCACGAACAGCCAGUAGAAAUUCACGACAAGGAAUAGGUCUGCUACUGACUCCAGGCAUAGUUGAAUUUAAAAUCAGUAAGAAGUUGCAAUUUGAUGAUAUAUGGGCAGGAAAUUUUUGUACAUUUGCCAAGGAGUAUCAAAAAGGAGACAUAUAUGUAUUUGGUCUAAAUAAUUUUCAUCAAAUUGGUUUAAAAAAUAGUGAAAUCAACUUUCAUCCACAAAUAUCAAAAACUUUUAGCGGUAAAAUAUGGAGACAUAUCAGCAGUGGAGAACAUCAUACUAUAGCCUUGGAUGAUGCAGGCCAAGUUUAUGUGAUGGGUCGCAAAGAAUAUGGUCGCCUUGGACUCGGACCUAAUUGCUUGGAUGCAGAAGAACUUACAUUAGUUCCUACUUUAAGCUCUGCUAAAUGUAUUGAUGUGGGUGCAGGUAGCAGAGAAUCUUUCGCUGUUACGGAAUCAGGUGACUUAUAUUCAUGGGGCACAGGAACUAACGGAAACCUUGGAACAGGAGAUGUAAAAGAUGUCGAUGAACCAGUAUUAGUUAAAGGAAAACAAUUAGAAGGUAAGACAGUAGUACGAGUCAGUGGCGGAGGUCAGCAUACUUUAGCUCUGGCAACGACUCGUCCGGUAAAAGACAAAACUGCUGGUUAAUAUUAGUAUCACAUUUCAAAAAAUGUAUAUGUGAUACGAAUUGGACAACAAACAAAAAUAAAUUUAUUUUCAUCGGUCUUAUUAUUGGUAUUAAACUUUAAAUAGAAAGAAAAAUUAAACACACAUUUGUUAUUAUCAAUUCUUCUGGGAUUUGUAACACUUAAAUUUGUACAGUUUUUAAUUCUUGCUGCCAUGAAUUUCACCAAAU